GGAGGGGAGCAAGAGUCCCAGGAUGCCUCGCGUAUACCCGGCAACUGCUGCCGGUUGCAAGGGGAGAUCAGCUGGGGCCUGGGCUCUGGUGCUCAGGCUCCGGAGGCAGCCCAGCACAGGGCCGGGUCUCCAGGGGCUCGGAGCGGCCCAGGGACUAACUAGGCUUCCCGCUCCGACCCCUGUUCCGUGCUUUCCCCCUCCUGUCCCAGCCUCUUGAGGCCGGACGUCCUGGGCCGGACCACUGGAGGAGAGAGGCGGGAGGAAGAAGGAGGCGGAGGGAAAGGGCUGGACUCCCUUAGGCCUUCUGCGUCGCAACUUUCCCGGGGCCUGGGCACUAGACUGAGGGCCAUGGCCGCGGCGGCGCCUGCUCCGGUUCCAGUAAAGUUUGAUGAUGUGGCCAUAUAUUUCUCAGAGCAAGAGUGGAAUAUCCUGGAUGAUUGGCAGAAAGACCUUUACAAGCAUGUGAUGAGGGCCAAUUACUCAACUCUAGUCUCCUUGGACUAUACCAUUCCCAAACCAGAUUUGAUAUUCCAGAUUGAACUAGGAGAAGUGUUAUUUGAUGGGAAUUGGGGAGAUUUGGAACAAGCAGAAAUAGGAGUCAGCCUAAGUGCUUCUGAGCAUUUCAACUUGAAGGUCACAGAAAAGCAACUGUUUAGGGGGCACCAUGGAGCUGCAAGAACAAAAGAAGAAGAAGGUGAUUUAGAUGAUCCCAAGAGUCGGUGCUCAGAGGAAAGGACUGAGAUUUCUACCAUAUAUGAUCAGAAAGCUACUGUGGAAUAUCUGUGUAUUCGGGGCACACAGACUCCAAUUCUGAAAUUAGAAGACACCACCCAGAGUGACAGAUACCUGAGCCACAAAACCUACAGCUCACCCAAUCACCAGGAGUCUCUUCUGGGGCAGAAAAUGUACUCCUACUCUGUCUUUGGGAAAAACUUCCCUGUGAAGGGACAGCUGGUGAAACACCAUGGUAACCAUACAAAGAACAAGCCAUGCACAUGCUCAAAAUGCAAGGAAAAAGUUAGAAAGCAGCCUGCCUUACAUUCACAUUAUGGGAAGAAGUGUUUCCAGUCUAGUGAAUGUGAGAAGAACUUUAGCUAUAGUGUGAACCGGCAUUAUCGCCAGUUCAUACCUGUAGGGAAAAAACUAUUCCAGUGUUCUGAAUGUGAUAGGAGCUUUCGAUGGGAGGCUGGUUUGAAAUCCCACCAGAGUUUGCAUAGUGGAAAUGGACAGUUUUCCUGCAGUACAUGUGGCAAGGUUUUCAUUCGGAAAGCUAGGUUUAUCACCCAUAUCAAAUUACACACAAGUGAGAAUCCUUUCCAUUGCUCAGUGUGUGGCAAGAGGUUCUUUAAAAGGAAGUACCUCCUUAGACAUCAGCAGCUACAUUCAGGAAAGAGGCCCUUCCAGUGCCCUGAGUGUGGCAAGACUUUCUGUCGAAAAUCCUACAUGAAGGCCCACCAACGUUUACAUAGUACAGAGCGACCAUUUGCCUGCACACAGUGUGAAAAGGACUUCACUCACCAAUAUAAGCUCACUGAACACAUGAGGGUACAUAGUGGAGAGAAGCCUUUCCAAUGCCCUGAGUGUGAUAAGAGCUUUAGUCGAAAGUCCCAUAUGAAGGCUCAUCGACGUUUACACAGUAGAGACUGGCCUUUUUCCUGCAGAGAGUGUGGCAAAGGCUUCACUCAGCGGUAUAGACUCACCAGACAUAUGAGGGUACACAGUGGAGAGAAACCCUUCCAGUGCACUGAAUGUGGCAAGAGCUUCCGACAAAAGGCCAGCCUUCUUCAUCACCAGCUUAUGCAUAUGGGAGAUAUAGCCUUUCUCUUCAAGUGCCCAGAGUGUAAUAAGAGCUUCCACCAGAAGAAAAGCCUACUCAAUCAUCAACUCAUGCACACAGGUGAGAGACCCUUUCAGUGUCCUAAGUGUGAUAAGAGAUUCCGCCUCAAGGGCAACAUGAAGGCCCACCAGCGCCUACACAGUGGGAUCAGGCCAUUCUCCUGUGGAGUAUGUGGCAAGGGCUUCACUCAUAAGUCUAAACUGACCAGCCACACCAAGGUACACACCGAGGAGAAACCCUUCCAGUGUCCUCAGUGCAACAAGAGCUUCUGCCACAAGAGGAGCCUAACUAAUCACCAGUUGGUACACACAGGAGAGAGACCCUACCAUUGCCCUGAAUGUAACAAAAGCUUCUCUUCUAAGGCCUAUGUGAAGGCUCACCAGAGAAUACAUAAGGGAGAGAAGCCAUUUUCCUGUAGUGAGUGUGGCAAGAACUUCACCAAUCAGUUUAGGCUCACAGAGCACAUCCGAGUGCACACUGGAGAGAAGCCUUUCCAGUGCCCUGAGUGUGACAAGAGUUUCCGUCAGAAGAGAAGUCUCAUCAACCAUCAGCUUGUUCAUACAGGUGAGAGACCCUUCCAGUGUCCUGAGUGUAAUAAAAGCUUCCGCUGGAAGGCUGGAAUGAAGGCCCACCAACGUCUCCACAGGGGUGAGAGGCCAUUUCAAUGCCCUGACUGUGACAAAAGUUUCUCUUUGAAGGCCUAUCUGAAGGCCCACCAGCGAAUACAUAAGAGGGAGAAACCAUUUUCUUGUAGUGAGUGUGGCAAGAACUUUGCUGAUCAGUUUAGACUCACAGAGCAUAUCCGAGUGCACACUGGGGAGAAGCCCUUCCAGUGCCCUGAGUGUGACAAGAGUUUCCGUCAGAAGAGAAGUCUGACAAACCACCAGCUUGUACACACAAGUGAAAAACCCUUCCAGUGUCCUGAGUGUAACAAAAGUUUCCGGUGGAAGGCUGGAAUGAAGGCCCAUCAACGACUGCACAAGGGGGAAAGGGUAUUUUCCUGCAGUGAGUGUGACAAGUGUUUUUCUAAACAAUCUAAACUUGAUGAACAUAUCCAAGUUCACAGUGGAGAUGAGCCUUCCUAGUGUUGUGAAUGUGAUGUGCUUCCAUCAGAAAAAAAGGAGCCUUGAUAACCACCAGGCCCACCAAUGUCUACCCAAUAGUGAGAUACCCUUCUCCUGUAAGCAAGGGAGGCAACGACUUCUCCCAGCAGUCCAAGUACAUCCCUCACAUGAACUUACACACCAAGGACAUGCUCUAGAGUUUCCUAAGUGAACUAGAUGCUGAACUCAGCAGCACUUUGGACUAAUAACAGGAUCAUUGGAGCUGAGAUAGGACUGACAGCUUCAAGGAUGUCCUUGAGCUUCCAGAACAUGAAGUGUUCUCUCCAUCCUCAAAUUUCCUUAAGCACUUUGUCUAAAUCUCCACUGCCUCUAUUAUGCUCUCCUUUGUGUAUCAUGCUUACCUAUGUGCAUGGGAUACCUGUGUUCCCCCUUCACCCCCACUCCUGAGAAUGUAAGCAACUUAAGGGCACGGACUGUUAUUUUUUAUCUUUGUAUCCUCAGCAUCUAACUUGUGCACAGUAGGCACUUAACAAAUGUUUCUUGAAUUUAAUUGAAUGUGGCAAAACUGUUGAUUAUCUGAGGAUGGCAACUGAUCAACAAGCCUGGGAGGUCCAGAACCAAGGGCUUUUGUUAUGCAAAGUUGAUGGGCCACCUAGUAAACUUUGAAACUUCGUAUUGUAAUCAUGUUUCUUGUUCAUUUCUGGAAAAAAGUGAUUCAGUCCCAUAAUCCAAUUCCUGCUUCUUGCCCACUACCACUGAGAAGCUUCUCCCUCAAAUUCUGAGAGAACUUUGAAACUGAAACCCAUAUGGAAAAAUAAAAAAAAAUAGCAAAGAUUGAAUCCCAUUACCCAGCACUGUGCCUAACUAUUCUUCAGGCUUGUAACUCCUUCUAGAAAUAAUGGUGUUAUAUUUUAGUGGGAUGGACAAGCCAUUUGAUAUCUAGAUUCAAAUUUUUAAGUGGUGCAAAAAGUAAUAACAUUCUCAAUCUAAAGAGUUUUAGACUGAGGCAAGGUAUAUUCAGAGGAUACCUAGAAUCAGGUAUUGUUCAGAGACCCCUUACACCAGAAGAUAUAGAGCAGGACUUGAAUUGAUGCACAGUUGAAUCAACCAUGUCUCAUCCUGGACCCAGUUCCUGAUUGCUGGGGCAUAGUAUACCCCAUCAUUAAUUUUCAGAAAUGCAUAGCAAGCAGUCAGAACCACUCCUCAUAUAUACUGAGUUGACCACCCUUAGGACAAAGUAUAUAAUUCUGGCUGGAUAUAAAAAUAUUGCCAGUGCCUUUGAGAUAGGGGAACAGCAUUGUGCCUGGUCUUUAAAAGGAGGCAAGGGCUGGAAGAAGCUUGUAACAGGAGAGACCUCUUGAAGGGGACUUUAUAAACCAAGAGAAAUCAAUUUUCUGAUCAACUACAACUUAAAUAAAAAAGCAAUGACUUAAAACAUGAGCAUAUAUAUAUGCCUGUCAUAUGGCUAAUUAAUGAAGUCAGCCCAAUAAUACAACUAUCUUCCACAAUUCCAGUCCUUGAUUGCAUUAGACUUAAGCCUAGGGGAUAUAAUUAACCUUUGAGAGAGGCAUAGAUCGGUGAGGUUUCUCUUGCUAGCCUUGUAGUUACCCAUGUCACCAUAGACAUCAAACUGUUUGACUUUUGGGGCCAAGUUUUUCCUCUUUUUGUGGGGUAAGACGUAUAUCAUAUGUCUGUAGACCUUGAACCAUUUCAUUAUUUGCCAUCUUUUGACCCUGUCUUUAAAUAAUGCUACUAUCUGUUGGGGGAGUACCAGGGUUAUAUACAUUGAGGGUUCCUUUUUUUGGUUUCUUUAGUUUUUUGGUUGCCUCUGUAGUUCCUUUUUUUGGCUCUUGAAAAUCGAUGCCUUUUUUUAAUGCCACAACAACUUACCAAUAUAUCAUUUCGCUUUAUGAACCUUGCUUUGUAAUAAGAGUUAGGUAAAAACAACUGUCUUUGGCAAUGUAUGCAGCAUUUUGAUGCCAUAGUUCCCCACUUCUACUAAGAACAAAGUGUUUUGACAUCUGUUCUUGGGACCAGAAUUGGUCACUGUAAUGUUGAGUUCUGCCUUUUAGCAUUAUUUUCUUUUGCAUUAUUGUAGUCAUUGUGGAUAAUGUGCUAUUGUUGCUUACUUUGUUCUAUCAGUUUGUAUAAGCCUGUCUGUGUUUCUUGUCUUUUACAGUGCAAUAGUAUUCCAUUACAUUCCUCUGCAACAA